GCAGCGCGCCCCGCAGCGCACGUACAGCGUCGUCCAGGUGGGGUGCGAGUGCUACGCCGCCCAGGCGCACUGUCAGCCCUAGCAGCUGCACGAGCGCUAGGCGCAGCUCCUCGCAAGCUUCCAGAGGAGGCCGCGCAGGCUCCGGCCGGGCCAAGCGUGCGUUUCUCAGCAGGAAGGAAGAAGACGCCUGGCCAUGGCCUCCCCAUCAUCCUUCCCCUCAGAAGAGGAGGACAGCCUGAAGGGAUGUGAGCUGUAUGUCCAGAAACACAGCAUCCAGCAGGUGCUCAAAGACUGCAUUGUUCACCUCUGUGUCUCCAAGCCUGACCGCCCCAUGAAGUUCCUCCGGGAGCACUUUGAGAAGCUGGAAAAGGAAGAAAACCGGCAGAUUCUGGCCCGGCAGAAGUCAAACUCACAGUCCGACUCCCAUGAUGAGGAGGUGUCGCCAACCCCUCCCAAUCCUGUGGUGAAGGCCCGGCGCCGGCGAGGGGGUGUGAGCGCUGAGGUCUACACAGAGGAGGAUGCAGUCUCCUACGUUAGAAAGGUCAUUCCCAAGGACUAUAAGACCAUGACUGCACUGGCCAAGGCCAUUUCCAAGAACGUGCUGUUUGCCCACCUGGAUGACAAUGAGAGAAGUGACAUAUUUGAUGCCAUGUUCCCUGUCACUCACAUUGCUGGGGAGACGGUCAUACAGCAAGGGAAUGAAGGAGAUAACUUCUACGUAAUUGACCAAGGAGAGGUGGAUGUGUAUGUGAAUGGAGAGUGGGUGACCAACAUCAGCGAGGGGGGAAGCUUUGGGGAGCUGGCACUCAUCUACGGCACGCCCAGGGCUGCUACUGUGAAGGCCAAGACCGACCUCAAGCUCUGGGGCAUUGAUCGUGACAGCUACCGGCGCAUCCUGAUGGGCAGCACACUGAGAAAACGCAAGAUGUACGAGGAGUUCCUCAGCAAGGUCUCCAUCCUCGAGUCCCUGGAGAAGUGGGAACGGCUGACCGUGGCUGAUGCCCUGGAGCCCGUGCAGUUUGAAGAUGGAGAGAAAAUUGUGGUUCAAGGGGAGCCCGGGGAUGACUUCUACAUCAUCACAGAGGGUACUGCCUCGGUCCUCCAGCGCCGGUCCCCCAAUGAGGAGUACGUGGAGGUGGGCCGACUGGGGCCAUCUGACUACUUUGGGGAGAUCGCACUACUGCUGAACCGGCCUCGGGCAGCCACUGUGGUGGCUCGGGGACCCCUCAAGUGUGUCAAGCUGGACCGGCCACGCUUUGAGCGUGUGCUGGGGCCUUGCUCUGAGAUCCUCAAAAGAAACAUUCAACGCUACAACAGCUUCAUCUCUCUCACUGUCUGAGCCACCGCUGUCCACCAUGUGUCUGGGCUGGGAGCCUCAAGAAGUGGUUGGUGGGCUGGUGGCCCAGCAUGGACUCCCUUCCCUCUGGACUCUUUGUGGAAUAAGUAAUCAACUUGUGCAUUUCAAAAACAAAGAGCAAGAAAACAGAAGAUAUCCCAAGACCAAGAAGGCCACAGGCCAGCUUCCUUCCCCAGUGACCCUCCUGUUUGCCCCAGGGGCUUGUUUGGAGCCACCUCAGCCCCUUCAAGUCCCUAUGGUGUCAGAUUCUCCAGGCCUAGGCCCACUAUAGGAAAGAUCUCAUCAAAUGGAGUGUCCCCAAAGGGACAUUCAGGCUGGAGGUGGAGAUAGAGGCUGAGGAAAGAGGGCCUUCCCCCCACCCUCUUCUCACAGGUCCCCAGGGGACACAGGUUUGAUCCCUGGCUUCUGACAUGGUGACCUGGACUGUGGGCCCAUGUGAGCAUGGAAAGUUAGAGGAGCUUUCCUGGGUAGAGAUUGGAAAGGCCACCCCUGGGUGGGUCACUUACUGCCUGAUACCUGGGCACCUGGGGCACCUGAGACAGUUAGCAGAGCCUGAGUCACCUCACUGGAAUGGGUAGGAAACCAGUAAGUUUGGGACUUUACAAUGUCUGGUGAGUGCUUCUCCAGGGGUCAGGGUACUUCUCCAUCAAGUGGCUUCUUGGGGAUCUGCAGGGAGAGCGAGGCUUUCUGAGCAUUCUGGAUAAAGCUGUAGGAGUCAAGGUCCCAUUUGAGUGCUCCUCAUAGAUACAGCUGAGUCAACCUGUACCCCAGCCCAGGAAGACUGUGUGUUUCUUACCUGGCCUCCAUUCCCUGGAUGUGAGGGAAAAUGUAAGGGAAGCCAGUCCUGGCCCCAGCCCAACCAUCCACAGACCUGUCCCCUAGGUGUGUUUCAUGUCCAAUGAUGGCACAGAGCCUGAGAGCCCAAGGGGCCAUCCCAUCUUGUCCUUGUGUGGCUAAGGAGGCCACCCUGCCGGUGACCAGCUCCUGCGCUUGCCCACCCCGCCUGCGCCCGUGGACUCUGUGGCUGUGCACUGCCCCCAGCCGCUCCUGGUGUGCAUGAGCUAAUAAAUGUGCAGAGAAGAACCACUCCCCA